AUGUCUCGCACCGGAAGCACCACCCUGUAUGUCACUGGCUUCGGUCAUGGCACACGCGCGCGCGAUCUCGCAUACGAAUUCGAACGUUACGGUCGUCUCGUUCGCUGCGACAUUCCAGCUCCUCGCACUGCUUCUAGCAGACUCUUCGCAUUCGUCGAGUACGAGAGCCGCCGCGAUGCUGACGAUGCUUACCAUGAGAUGCACAACAAGCGCAUUGGCCGCGAUGAUCUCCUAAAGAUCGAGUGGGCUCGCACUCCACCUUCAGCCAGCUGGCGCUUCGACACCGGCCGUGAUGGCGAGCGUGGUGCUGAACCUCGUGGUAGCGACCGUGGAGACCGUGGCAGUGCUCGAGGAGGUGGCCGUGGAGACGAUCGUGGUGUGCGCCGUGAUCGCUCUCGUGGCCGCGGACGUUCUGGCAGCCCACCUCGCGCCCGCCGCGCCGAGGACGACCGCGAGCGCGACUACGACCGUGGUGGUGACCGCCGUGAGCGUCGCGACCGUACUCGCAGCCCGGAGGAUCGCGACCGCGACAGGAAGAUGGAAGACCGUGAGCGCGAUGACGACCGCGAGCGAGAGCCCCGUGAGCGUGAGUACGAGCAAGAGAAUGGCGCUGCGAAUGGCGAGGACCGCAAAGAAGUGAAGGAGGAAGAGCUCCCACCGGCCCACGACGAUCUCGACACUGCCGAGUAGACGCACUUCGCCAAGAUGAUACCCAGCGAGUUGAGCGCACCUGCACGUUACAGAGUGUUCAUUCAGCAUGAGUUGCGUGCGAUGUGGCUCGCAGUACAAAAAGCAGACUGGACGGCGUUUCUUGAUUAACAAUUGUACUUCAGUAUAUCCUUCGAGCAUACCGAGUUCCCUGGACCACAUAGCCACCCCCGAAUCGAUCGGCAUUACGAACG